AUGCGUGCAAGGAGUCAAAUGCUGAUGUCGUUUCGGGGUUUUGGCGGAAAUUGGGGCCCCGCGGCGGAUCACAGCCGCUGUUUGGUUGUAAAGGGGGCCCGCCGCUCAGCGACGCGCGGGCAACCAGCGCGUUUCAGAGGAGGUUUUGUCACGGUCUCUUCUGCCAAACCCCUUUUUCGAGGCCCAUUGGAAAUGUCGCUGGCGAUUUGCUUCCCGGGGCCUUCCCGUGACGAACCUCGGCGGCCCCGGGGCAGGCUUCGUUUGGGGUGUCGGCGUUCUUUCCGCCAUCUUGCCGCCGGGGCCCCGGGGGGCGGGAAGGUCGGGCCGCCGCAAGUUUCCGCCAACCCCCCGCUCGGUUACGAAAAGAAAAAAAGGGGGCGGGUGGGUGGAAAACAGGGCGUUUUGGCGGGCGCCCCGGGGGUGAAAGGGGUCGGACUUUUUUUUUUUUUGUCUUUUUUUCCCCGCCGCCCGGUGGUUUUUUUGUGGGUCGCCUGGGGGUGGGGGGUCGUUUUUCAUGGCGCUUGUUGCUGUUUGUUGUUUCGAUGUUUUUUUUUUUUUUUAUGUGGUGUGGUGGUGCUCGUGGAUGUUUUGGUGCUGUCGUUCGGUUGUGUUCUGUUGAACGUUUUCUUUCCUACUCGCGGCAAUAUAGGUGGAUUCAAUGGCCGCCAAACCGCGGAACGUUUUUUUUUUUGA